AUGGCACGGCGUACUUUUGGGCGGAAUGAUACUGACGGCAUGGCUGGAGAUCGUUACUUGGCUAGCGAAGAAAGCACCCACCAGUCCACUAUCCAUCAGCCUGAUUGGAAUAUGGACACUCCUGACAACAGCAUUCUCAGGGCUGGCUCUUUCGAGCCACGUAGGCUGGAGAUUGACAUUGAUAGUCAAUCUUGGGUCCAUCGCGGCAUGCCUCAGCAUAAUUUUGCUCCGGUGGACGAUUUCACCGGGCGAUGUUCUCAUGCUGAUGCCCGCGGUGACAGUAGUCGGAAUACUCUGUCCCCUUGCGUUACGAGAAACGAUCCAAAAGCUGUUCUUUCCUGCUCAGAGCGUCUUAAUGCAAAUGAACAGUUCCCGAGUCACAAGGGAUAUGGAUUGACUUUGCCUUGUGGCCCUGCAAAGCCCGAUGAAUCCCCACCCUCUAACUACUCAUACAGUCGAUCCAAGCGAGUCGCCUCCUCAUCUCACGCGAUCGCAUCUCCCAUCGUCCCACGUUCGCCGCCGAAGGUGGGUAACUUCAGCUGCCUUUCUUACUCUGCUUUCCUGGAGGACGAUGCCACGCUGCUUCCCGAGCCAGAGACCCGACCCAUAUCUCAGGAACAACUGGUUAAUGAGGUCAAGGGCAUUUAUGCUGGACUUGUUAUGGUCGAAAAGAAAUGUGUCGAGAUAUGCCAACAGCAGAGUCAGACCACUAACAAGCUGUCGGAUGAACAAUGGCAAGCUUUGAUAGCUUUGCAUCGGACGCUGCUUCAUGAGCAUCAUGACUUUUUUCUAGCGAGUCAACAUCCAACAGCAUCACUAGCCUUGCGAAGGUUGCCUACGAAAUAUGCGAUGCCCGCCAGAAUGUGGAGACACGGGAUCCAUUCUUUUUUGGAGCUCCUUCGCCCUCGUCUUCCACCCUCCCUAGAGCAUAUGCUGAGCUUUGUAUAUCUUGCUUAUCAAAUGAUGGGUCUAUUGAUGGAGUCGGUUCCUGCUUUCCAUGAGACAUGGAUAGAAUGCCUUGGAGACCUCGCGCGCUACAGAAUGGCCAUUGAGGAAGCGGAUAUACGAGAUCGAGAGCGUUGGUCCAAUACCGCCAGAAUGUGGUACAAUCGCGCUGCUGAUCACUCACCAACAACUGGUCGUAUACAGCACCACUUAGCUGUACUGGCGAGACCGAAUAUUGUCCGACAGCUCUUCUACUACUCCAAGGCUCUCAUUAGCGAUAUCCCAUUUGUGAAUGCCCGGGAUUCGAUCAUGCUUUUGUUCUCUUCGUUUCUCGACAAACAUGAGAAACAAUUAUUUUAUAACUUCAAGACACUACCGAGUACUUUCCCGUGUGUCAACACUCGAGACCUGACCACGCUCUUGGCUAGCACCUCAUUCCAAGCACUAUCCCCAGCAUCCCAAAGCUACAUACAAAAAUCCACCGCUGCAUACACCAAGUUCGACAAACCAUUGACUUCAGAUAGUAUGAUGCUUCUAAUCGAAAGCCUUGUCCUCAAUUCCGACGUUCAUGUUAUCAAAUCUUGGAAGGUCUGGGGACCAGAUCCCGGCUUAAUCGCCAGCAUACCCGAUUUUGGCUCUGAAGAGAAUUUGCGUUCGAAAGGCUCUCGAGUUUACAGCAACAAACUUCAGACCCCAACAUCAAAACGGUGUGAGGUGAUCACGGAACUGAAUACUAUGAUGGAGAAUGUAUCUCACCCGAGGUUCAGGAAGCACAAUACCAUCAACUUAGAGGACUUCAGGCAAGCUACUCUACCGGGUACCGCCCAAACACACCAUACGAGUAUGUCCACGGAUGAAGUUACCUCUCACAUACUGCCUGGCUGGUCUACUACUCGCUCCAUUGUCGCCGACAAGGUUGGAGAUCGAAACAUCCUGCCGUACAUGCAUAUGUUACUAGCAUACCUGCUCAAUUCAUAUAUUUCGAGCAUUCUAUCUUUCCUUGCAGACCCCUUAAGCCAAUCUGGUCAGCUGUUGGAAUCCAUUGCGCUGAUCUGGACUUUUGGAAGCUACAAUCAAGUUAAAAAGAACAAAGUUCCGUUCCAAGAACCCGACAUAGGUGACGACCGACCUGAGAACCUUUCGACCCCUCUUUCCGCGAGUGAUGCCGCAACGGAUCAAGUCUCGGGGCCUCCCAGACCUGCCAGCCAUGUUGAAACUCCAAUCUCGGCCGCGCCACUCGAAGACAGGACACGAGAUGAUCUCGUCCGUCGCUUGCAGACGCUUGAGAAUCUGUUUUCUACUUCUCAUCUCGAGCAAUUGGAGGCUUUCCACUCAACGCCACCACUCCAAAGGCUUAAAGAUGGGCGGGCACUACUCAACAAAACUAGAGUGUACGGCCGAAGUCACUGGACAUCAACAGUCUGCGAGUUUAAAUGGACCACACUUCGAUUAUUUCUAACAGAGAGUCAUGUCGAGGAGAAGAGCGACAAUGAAGAGGUUAAGGCUCUUAAAUCUGAGAUGCGGGCCAUGCUGCAGAAAUGCAAAGUCCUUGCCAGGAGUUCGAAAGUGGCCCGGCCGAGUCGAUGCUUCUCGUGCCCCGAACUCACUAAUCUAGCAAGGCUUCCUCGUGACACCUCGGACCUGAUGGCGAAUCUAUACUUGUCCAAAUUUGAGACCUCUUUCCGCAUACUUCACGUUCCUUCGUUCUUGGCCGAAUAUGAUCAAUAUUGGACAAAUCCAUCAGCAGCUCCUGCAGACUUGAAGCUAAAGGUACAAUUAGUCAUCGCAAUAGGUUCAAGUAUCUCCCACAAACGGAGUGCGAGUGCAGAAAUUCGAUCUAUGGCUUCUCACUGGAUAUACGCUGCCCAAAACUGGCUGGCUGGGCCUCUUGAGAAGGACAGAUUCAGCAUCAGUGGCCUGCAGGUACAUUGCCUGUUAAUAUUGGCACGACAAAUCUUGUGCGUUGCAGGAGAUCUAAUAUGGGUGUCAAUGGGGACUUUGUUGCGGACGGCAAUGCAGAUGGGCCUCCACCGGGACCCGGACAACUUCCCAAAAAUGUGCAUCUUGCAGGCCGAGAUUCGAAGAAGACUAUGGGCAACAAUUCUGGAAUACAUCGUCCAGUCAUCCCUCGACUCAGGGAUGCCGCCGCUGAUUACGUUCGAAGACUUUGACACUACAGCGCCGGCCAACAUCGACGAUGAGGAAAUAAAUGAACACACAAAAGUCUUACCACAACAUCCCAGAAGCCAGGUGACAGCGACUUCUGCGCAGCUCGUCCUGCUUGACUCUUGUCGUUCGAGAAUGAAGGCGGUGCGGUGCAUGAACGGUCUAGGAUCAAAGUUACUUUACGAUGAAGUGCUUGCUCUAAGUGCAGAUAUCAGCAACGCGUGCCAGGUCAGCCUUGCCUACACAAGUAAACUCAAAUCAGCCCCAUUCAGUCAGAACAUGAACGACCUUCUCCUCCGACGAUUUUUACUGCCCCUACAUCGGCUUUUUGCUAACAAGGCAAACACAAAUCCAUUGUUCUACUUUUCCAAGAAAACCUGUCUCGAUUGUGUCAUGGCUUUCCUUUCGUCCGAUUUAGAUGAAGACUUCUCCCAAAUUUUACGGAGCGGCGGAGGCUUCUUGAAAGGAGGCAUCCUCUAUAUGUUCUUUGCAUUGGGUAUUGAAGUUGUGCAGGAGUUCCAAGAGGAGGGUAUCAAGAAUGCCCAGCCGCAUCGGCAAUGGUUAAUCAAUGCCCUUGACAAGGCGAUCGAGCUAGCAGUCGACCGUCUACGGCUGGGUGAGACGAAUGUGAAGAUGCACCUGAUGCUCAAUAUGAUUCAGGCUCAAAUCCAGCCGUCAGACAACCCGACAGAACUGAGUUUAAGGCUGGGACGAAAAGGACUGGAAGCCCUUCAGACCUCCUAUAAUAUUCUACAGGCGAACGCGGCCCCCAGCCAUGAGUGCUCGGUCAACGAGACCGACAUGACUUUCUUCGACACUGGUCAGGACACUAGCAUGAGCCUUGACUACCGAUUUGAUGACCUUCUCAUGAACACGGAUAUGAUGGACGGCAUGUUUGAAAACUGUGCAGCUCAGCUAUGGCCACAAGAUCAAGGCUAUUGUCCCUUUGUAUAG